GGUCCCGUCACGUCACGCGAGAGCGCAGCGCGCGGACCCUCGCACACAAAGAGCGGGGGGGGAGACGCGGGCACCAGCGGCGGCCGCUCCAGCCGCCCCCGCCGUCCCGGGGCUCCCGUGCCCACGCGCGGAGCUGAGUGAGAUAGAAGAUGAAUUCAGCUGAAAUCACUGAUGAUGAUGAAGUAAAAAUCCCUAAAAAUAAUGUUGUGAAAGUAGAAACAGAAAAUGAAGAUGAAGCUCUAGACUGCUCAGUAUCAUCCAGAUCUGCCGAGAAGCACUCAUUGGAUGGCACAGUUACUUUCCUGCAGGAUUCCAACAAACGGAAGCAGACCUCACUGGGUUGUGAUGGAAGCCAGCAAGAUGUCUUACCCAGCGUGAAGAAAAGACGCUUUACACAAGAGGGUCCCCUUUCAAACUUGAAAAUCAGAGAUACUGGCUCACCCACUCAGGUAAAUGCAGAGCAGCCAAACAAGAACAAGAAUUCUAACGUAACGUGGCUCUGUGAAGAAGAAUCUUUCAGUGACAUAACCACUCCAUCUUACAAAAAACCUCUCUAUGGCAUCUCACACAAAAUCACAGAGAAGAAGAACCCACCAGGAGCAGAGCAGUUUGCUUCCUAUGAGUUGUUUGAAAAAAUCAACCCCAGCAGUCCCUUGCCUCUUCGGACUUUGAAUGACCAACGCAAAAGGGACUCGGCUGCAGCCAUUGCUGUAACAGCAGCCACCACAGAUUCUGACCCAAAUAUAUAUUCUUUGAUACAGAAAAUGUUCUACACACUUAACACCCUCAAUACCAAUAUGACUCAGCUCCACAGUAAAGUUGACCUGUUGUCUCUGGAGGUUAGCAGAAUUAAAAAGCAAGUCAGCCCAACAGAGUCCGUUGCAGACUUCAAGCCCCCCCCGGAGUACCAGCUGACUUCUGCGGAGCUCAAACAAAUCAUGGAUCAAAGCACAUCAGGUGGAGACCUUGCUUGCCGAUUGCUGGUGCAGCUCUUCCCAGAGCUUUUCAGCGACGAUGAGUUCAGCAGAAGCUGCAGUGCAUGCGGCUUUCUCAACAAAAGGAAACUCGAAUCUCUUCAUCUGCAGCUGAUCCGUAACUAUGUGGAAGUUUGUUAUCCUUCUGUGAAGAAUACAGCUGUGUGGCAGGUGGAAUGUCUGCCUCAAGUCAAUGAUUUUUUCAAUAGAUUUUGGGCUCAAAGGGAAAUGGAAAACAGUCAGCAGAAUGUGCAGUCGUCCAGUUUUUAUGAGAGUGAGCAAGUCGAAUCCUCUCAUUUUAUCGAUGAUAAAGAGCAGGAUGAAGCUUUGUCCUUAGACAGGAGUAGUGCCAUUGCCUCAGACUACAUGCUGGAUGCUCAGGAUCUCAGUGAAUUUUUAGAUGAAGCUUCUUCUCCAGGGGAGUUUUCUGUUUUCUUGUUACACCGAUUGUUUCCAGAACUCUUUGACCACAGAAAAUUAGCUGAAAGGUACAGCUGCUUUGGAGACUCUGGAAGACAGCUGCUGGAUCCUCAUCGGCUUCAAAUAAUCCGUAGGUACACUGAAAUUUACUUUCCAGAUGUACAAGAAGAAGAAGCCUGGUUGCAGCAAUGUGUGCAGCGAAUAAACGAUGAGCUUGAAAACACAUAUAUGGAUGGAAGUGAAUGUGAUCAGAUGAGAGAUGACUAUUAUGAUUCUUCUAGUUUACCAGAUGAUGUGUCAAUCAUAAAAGUGGAAGACAGUUUUGAAUAUGAAAAACCAGGUAGACGCUCAAAAAAAAUCUGGCUUGUACCCAUAGACUUCGACAAACUUGACUUUCCCCCUCCCGAUUUCGAUGUCCCUGUCCCAGAUUACCUGUUGAACAAAGAACAGAUUAAAAGCAUAUAUGAAAGCAGUCUUUCCAUAGGCAACUUUGCCUCUCGAUUGCUUGUUCUCUUAUUUCCUGAACUGUUUACUCAUGAAAACUUACGGAAGCAAUACAACUGUAGUGGAUCUUUAGGCAAGAAACAGCUUGACCCCACUAGAAUUAAAUUAAUUCGACAUUAUGUGCAGAUACUGUACCCCAGAGCAAAGAAUGACAGAGUGUGGACAUUGGAGUUUGUUGGGAAGCUUGAUGAGAGGUGUCGACGUAGAGACACGGAGCAAAGGCGCUCUUACCAACAGCAACGGAGAAUCCAUGUGCCAGGGCCCGACAGGAGGGAAUUUCUCAGCUAUGUAAUAAACCCCGAGAGGUUUCGAGAGGAAUUUGAAGGGCCACCACUGCCGCCAGAAAGAAGCAGCAAGGAUUUUUGCAAGAUACCACUCGAUGAGCUCGUUGUUCCAAAUCCGGACUUCCCUGUGCCUUCUCUGUAUUUGCUGUCUGAUAAGGAGGUAAGAGAGAUAGUGCAGCAGAGCCUGUCGGUCGGCAACUUUGCUGCCAGGCUUCUUGUAAGACUCUUUCCCGAACUCUUUACUCCAGAGAAUCUCAGGCUGCAAUACAACCAUUCAGGUGCUUGUAACAAAAAACAGCUUGAUCCUAUCAGACUGAGACUGAUCCGUCAUUACGUGGAGGCAGUUUACCCUGUGGAGAAAAUGGAAGAAGUGUGGCAUUAUGAAUGUAUACCGAGCAUUGAUGAAAGAUGCCGGCGUCCUAACAGAAAAAAGUGUGAUAUACUGAAAAAAGCAAAGAAAACAAAAAAAGUCACAGAUUCUUUAAAUUCCUAAGACUUUGACCACUAAAUUAUUGUCAGGAUUAUGCUUUGGUUUAGACUGAGGGGCCUGUCAGGAGCUGAGGGUGAUCAGCAUCUAGGACAGUCAGGGGCUAAGUUUGUUGCUUUUUAAUGUGUGUGUUGUAUUGAUGUAGGCACUGCAGCAGUGGGAAGUGGCUUACUACAUUUGUACAUGGGUAAAGACCGUAAGUCAUCGAUAGCACUAUCAAUGACUCACUAGUGCAUGUAUUGAAACUGUAUUACUCCACUCCCCAUUUCUGCAUCUUCUGUUUUUUAUCACUUUCUGAUAAUAAACAAUAUUUUUUAAAAAUCAUUGUGCUCUUCAGGAGCAGUUUUUAAUUGUACCCUUCUGAACAAGACUUGUAACUUAAUUCAGAGUUUGAAAUUUAACCUUAAUUUAAAUUUGAAAGUGCCAUGUUCACUGGAAAUCAUUGGAAUAUUAGACUUUGUUUCUACAGUAAUUGCAGUUUCACAUUUGUUGUGUUCUUGAUGAUACCGAGAUAUUGAAAAUAAUAAAACCAUGUCAAAAAUGGGUCAAAAUAGUGUCAUCUGCAUUUUCAGCCAUCACCCAGGUUUUAUUUCUAAACCUAAGAAUGAAUUGUUGAGAAACUGAGAUGUGAGCACAGACACGAUGUGAAUUUUUGGUUGAGGGUUUUUUUUAAUCUUGACAUGACAACCUUGAUCCUGCCCCUGUGAGUUCUCUUGUUUUGUCCAGUGUCACUGCUGGUGUGACAGAGGAUGUUUGAAUAAAGCAUGUCAGAACAGACCCAGGCGUGUACCCAUGGAAUGUCUUGCCAUCGCCUGCUUGCUGCUGUGUUCUUAAAAUAGCAAAGAUAUUUGCUAACAGCAAAAAGACCUGAAACAAAAGCUUGGAAAAAUUAUAGACCUUAAUAUCAAAAUCAUGAUUCCAAAGGUUUCCAGUGUUCAUAUUGAAUUGCAGAUAUAAAAAGUAUGUGCAAAGAUGGGUUUUGUGAUGAAAUUCAGUGUUUCAGGAUCCCCUCUUGCAAGCUGUGGUAAUAUAAUUAAUUCUUUGCUUAAAUGCAGCAACACUUGGAUAUUUUGGGUGUAGGAAUAUUGAAUUCCUUCACUUUGCCAAAUUGAUUUAGUGUAAUUAGUAGCUAUUUGGAGGCAUAACUGUGUAUGUAUAACUUAGGUUCAUACAGUCAAGUUUACAUCAUUAAUAUAUUAAAGUGUAACAAAGAUCACCCUGUACCCAAUGUGAAUUUGCUGUAUGACUUGUCAUUGGAGAGUGCUGCUUUAAAACUAGUUUUCCUCUUCUCUUUUUUCCUCUCCUUUUUUUCCUUCUUUUAAUACUGAUAGAAAUGGUGAGAGAGAGUCAAACAUGAAUUUUUAAGACAGUAAAGACAGUGAUCGCUUACUGACCAUCGCUGGAACACCUUGGAGCAAUUGUUGAUGUUGUCUGUGGUCCUUUUUUGUUGUUUACGUAGAUGGGUCGUAGUGUCAAAUUUUAUGCCAGUUCCAGUGUAAUUGUCUAUUUUAGCAUUUGUAAGAAAGUACAAAAUAUUUGAUAUUUUUACUUUCAGGUUUUUAGAAUUUACUGCUCUUAGAGUCAUAUGGAUCCCUUUCUUUUAAAAGCAAAACAAAACGGUUUUUUUCCUGAUGGCAAGAACUAGUAAAAGUAUUAUGUUAAACUGGGAGUAAAUCAUAAUAGUUAGUAGCAUUUGCUCAUUUUCCCCAUAUGCUAGCAACAUUUUCAAAGAAUGUAUGAAGAAAAUCGUGAAUGUACUAAAUAAUACACUGAUACUGUUUAUAUCCAUACAAAUGUUUCCUGUUGGUUUAAAUAAUAGCAGACCAUGCACAAGAUGGAUAUCAAAGCAAAUAUGGCUAUAAUAAAAAAUGAAAACAUUUUACCAAAGAUAAAGAACUGAUACCACAAUGUCUGCAUCUUUCAUUUUAGCAUAAAUUUAGCAAGCUGAAUGUAUCAGAAACCAAGACUUUCUCUUGUAAUUGUAUGCUACCUAGCACCUCUGUGAAUUUUUUUACAUGCACUUUUAUGGGAGAUAAAAUAAUUACAGAGAAUAUUAACAACUGCUUAACCUGUUGUUGUGAAUAGCUGGCCAGAAGGUAAGAAAUACAUUUUCUUAUCUUAAUGUCAUACAUGUUUCGCCACUUAGUGAUGUUGAAGCUCCCAGAAGAAUUUGAUCAACAUUAAGUGUUUCUACAAUUGACAGAUGUUCCUAGCUAGCAUGCAAAUUUGAGAUAUACUGGCUUUUACUGUAGAUGUUGACAUUAAGUAAAAAAUUCAGUCAAUUCAUAUUACCUAAGUAGUGAAAAAACAAUUUUCACCUUUUAAAAUGACAUUUUUGAAAGUGGGUGUAGAAAGAUUUUAAUUGGUUUUUUCCUCUUAACUUCUGAUUGUUGUAUACAUUCCUUUUAUCUCACUCUUCACAACCCUUUCAUGAUUUGUUUGAUUGUAUGUUUUAUAACGGAUAUCAAGAAAUACAUAUGAAUAGUGAUGUAGUUCACUAAUGAAAGCUAUUUCAGUGCAUCUGAAGUACAGCCACUUCAUCCAGUUGGUCAGUCUUGUAAAUAAAUUAAAGGUAUAUUAUUUUCAUACAAGAGGAAUGCUGUCUAGUGAUUGCUUGAGUACAAGCAGGAAGUUUUUCUUACAAAGUCUGUUACUAAGGUCUAAGACAACCUCAGCUGUUCAGGAAAAGCAUAAAUGAAAAUACCCUGGUUUGCUGCAGCCAUUUAAAAAUAUUUUUCCAGUUUUCAGAUUUUUUUUGUUUAAAAAAAUAAAGUUGUCAUUUUUGAAGUGAGGCUAUCAUAGGAAGAUUGCUAGAUAUUGAAGUGUUCAGAACGCGUGUAGCCGUGCACACACACUGACUUGCUAUGGAUGACUAUUACUUUCUACUUACCAGGUCAGUAAACCCUGUUAAGGUGCAUAUUAAGUGUCUCUGUCAGCUUCAGGUAAGCAUUGAAUAGCUGACUUCUAACAGCUGUCUGAAAGAAAUGGUGUAAUAUAACUAUGUAUUUUUGUGUCUUGUGCAUUUCCCACAAAUUAAAAACUUACUUAGAAGCUCUGUAAAAGAUGCAAAACCGCAUAGCAAAAGAGAGAUCAAGUAUGCAUCACUUUAUUGCCUGUUAACUGCAUUCAGCUGUCAGAAUCAAUGAGUCCGCAAUUGAGAAAGAUCUUUACAUGAAGUCAACCACUUUGUUACGCUGAUGUAUUACAGCCACCAAAGUGUUUCACGUUCUGCAAAAUGUUUGACUGGCUUUUUUUCUUAUCUUCAAGGUGCAGAUAAUUUAUUUGUAGGUACACUUUUUCAAAAUCUGUCAUUUGUUUCUUUUCAACUAUUGUUUGAUGUUUAUAUUGUGUUAUAGCAGUGAGAAACAGAGGAUCUUGUGCUUGACACUCUGCAAAGGCACACCAGGUCUGAUUUCAUGCUGGAAGGGGAUAAUAUGAAUUCUACAGCCCCAAAAGCACAGAAAAUAAUAUGCAGGUUUUAGUCAUAAUUUAUUUUUAUUCAGAUUUUGGUUUUGCUGAUUAAAAGGAUGUGAAGCAGCUGGGAAAAUCACUGUCUUAAGCUUGCCUGUACUGAGGGUGGGGUAUAGAUUGACAGGUGUUUUUACUUAACUGUGCAUAUUUUACUUAACUGUGCAUAUUUUGAUUGGUUGCACUUAAAAUCUAUGGGAGAACAAGUGUGGCAGGUUCAAGCCUAUGGUUUUUCUGAGUAAAUGAAACAAACUCCGUCACUGUCAUUGCCAAAACUACUUCAGUUCCUUGGUUUGACUCUGAUUUUUUUCAUCAUUAGUGCAAUGCAAUUAGCACCAACACUUCUGGGGUUUUCUUCAGGAUCAUUCUGAAAAGACUGCUUUCAAAUGUGCUUGAAGUUGUUUAAAUUGCAUAGAUGAAGUGAUGGUUUAGUUCCCUCUCCUAAUUCUUCCUUCUGACUGUCUUUGCUAAGAAAGACAGAAAAAGAAAUAAAUCCAUGUUUGUUUG